GAGGGCAGCCCUUCCCGGAGGCGAGCGGCGGGGAUGCGUGACAAAGGCCGGCGCCAGGCGGUGCGCGGACCAGCCUUCAUGUUCAGUGCACGCGGGCCCAGCCUCACGGCAGAGGAAGAGCGCUUCCUGGACGCUGCGGAGUAUGGCAACAUCCCCGUGGUGCGCAAGAUGCUGGAGGAGUCGCGCACGCUGAACGUGAACUGCGUGGACUACAUGGGCCAGAACGCGCUGCAGCUGGCCGUGGGCAAUGAGCACCUGGAGGUGACCGAGCUGCUGCUGAAGAAAGAGAACCUGGCACGCAUCGGCGACGCGCUGCUGCUGGCCAUCAGCAAGGGCUACGUGCGCAUCGUGGAGGCCAUCCUAGGCCACCCGGGCUUUGCGGCCAGCCGGCGCCUGACGCUGAGUCCCUGUGAGCAGGAGCUGCGUGAUGACGACUUCUACGCCUACGACGAGGACGGCACGCGCUUCUCGCCCGACAUCACGCCCAUCAUCCUGGCUGCACACUGCCUCAAGUAUGAGGUGGUGCACUUGCUGCUACUCAAGGGCGCGCGCAUCGAGCGGCCACAUGACUACUUCUGUCGCUGUGCCGACUGCGCUGAGAAGCAGCGGCUUGACGCCUUCAGCCACUCGCGCUCCAGGAUCAAUGCCUACAAAGGGCUGGCCAGCCCUGCCUACCUAUCCUUGUCCAGCGAGGAUCCGGUGCUCACGGCCCUGGAGCUCAGCAAUGAGUUGGCCAAGCUGGCCAAUAUAGAGAAAGAGUUCAAGAAUGACUACAGGAAGCUCUCUAUGCAGUGCAAAGACUUUGUAGUGGGUGUGCUUGAUCUUUGCCGUGACUCAGAAGAAGUGGAGGCCAUUCUGAAUGGAGAUCUGGAAUCCACUGAGCCUCUGGAGAUGCAAAAAGCUUCGUUGAGUCGUGUCAAACUUGCCAUUAAGUAUGAAGUCAAAAAGUUUGUGGCUCACCCCAACUGCCAGCAGCAGCUUUUGACCAUCUGGUAUGAGAAUCUCUCUGGCCUGCGGGAACAGACCAUAGCAAUCAAGUGUCUGGUGGUGCUGGUUGUGGCCUUGGGCCUUCCAUUCCUUGCCAUCGGCUAUUGGAUUGCACCUUGUAGCAGGCUGGGGAAGAUCUUGAGAAGCCCUUUCAUGAAGUUUGUGGCGCAUGCAGCCUCCUUCAUCAUCUUCCUGGGCCUGCUUGUGUUCAACGCCUCAGACAGGUUUGAAGGCAUCAGCACAUUGCCAAACAUCACGGUCAUCGACUACCCUAAGCAGAUCUUCAGGGUAAAAACCACCCAGUUCACAUGGACGGAAAUGCUAAUUAUGGUUUGGGUUCUUGGAAUGAUGUGGUCUGAGUGCAAGGAGCUCUGGCAGGAAGGACCCAGGGAAUACAUUGUGCAGCUGUGGAAUGUGCUGGACUUCGGGAUGCUCUCCAUCUUCAUUGCUGCUUUCACGGCCCGGUUCCUGGCUUUCUUGCAGGCAACAAAAGCUCAGCAGUAUGUGGACAGCUAUGUCCAAGAGAGUGACCUCACUGAAGUGACCCUCCCACCCGAGGUUCAGUAUUUUACCUACGCUAGAGAUAAAUGGCUCCCUUCCGAUCCUCAGAUCAUAUCUGAAGGCCUCUAUGCUAUAGCUGUGGUGCUCAGCUUCUCACGGAUCGCAUACAUCCUUCCUGCAAAUGAAAGCUUUGGCCCCUUGCAGAUCUCUCUUGGAAGGACUGUGAAGGACAUAUUCAAGUUUAUGGUUCUCUUUAUUAUGGUGUUUCUGGCCUUUAUGAUUGGCAUGUUCAUACUUUAUUCUUACUACCUUGGGGCCAAAGUAAAUCCUGCUUUUACUACUGUAGAAGAAAGCUUCAAAACUUUGUUUUGGUCAAUAUUUGGUUUGUCUGAAGUGACUUCUGUUGUGCUCAAAUAUGAUCACAAAUUCAUAGAGAAUAUUGGAUAUGUUCUUUAUGGAAUAUACAAUGUAACUAUGGUGGUGGUUUUACUCAACAUGCUAAUUGCUAUGAUUAAUAGCUCAUAUCAAGAAAUUGAGGAUGACAGUGAUGUAGAAUGGAAGUUUGCACGUUCAAAACUUUGGUUAUCCUAUUUUGAUGAUGGGAAAACAUUGCCUCCACCCUUCAGCCUGGUUCCUAGUCCAAAAUCAUUUGUGUAUCUCAUCAUGCGAAUCAUGAAUUUUUCCAAAUGCAGAAGGAGAAGGCUGCAGAAAGAUCUGGAAAUGGGAAUGGGUAACUCAAAGUCCAGGUUAAACCUCUUCACUCAGUCUAACUCGAGAGUUUUUGAAUCACACAGUUUUAACAGCAUUCUCAAUCAGCCAACACGUUAUCAGCAAAUAAUGAAAAGACUUAUAAAGCGGUAUGUUUUGAAAGCACAAGUAGACAAAGAAAAUGAUGAAGUUAAUGAAGGUGAAUUAAAAGAAAUCAAGCAAGAUAUCUCCAGUCUUCGUUAUGAACUUUUGGAGGACAAGAGCCAAGCAACUGAGGAAUUAGCCAUCCUAAUUCAUAAACUCAGUGAGAAACUGAAUCCCAACGUACUGAGGUGUGAAUAAGGCAGCAACUUGCAGCCAUGAUUCUGACUAUAGCACAAACAUGGGCAAUAAUAUUCUUAAGUAUGAAAUACUUGAAACUAUAGUGUAAAUUUCAGCAUUAACUACCUUCAUCCUGUGAAUCUUUACAAGCUUAGAUCCGAAUGAUUUUCAACACAUGAAGAUGCAUUUUAUUGUUGGCCUCAAUAUUACAAACAACAACAUACCAUUGUAUUUUAAAGCCCAAUAUUAAGUAACUGACAUUUUGUCACUUUAGAGUAUAUUCUAUGUUGUUGCACUACUAGUUGGCCUUCAAGAGACCAUUAACUCCUUGGGGACAGAGACUGAGUCAUUCUCAUCUUUGUGUUUCUGGCAUUUAAUGCAGUGCCUGUUACAUAGGAGGUGCUCCGUAAAUGUCAUUAAAACCAACUAAAAGAAACAGCCAGUAAAUCUAAGUAUAGAUGAAAGACCAUUGUUAUAUAGCAUACUUUAUCUUACUCAAGUGUUGAAAAGAUUUUUAUUUUAUAGAAACUGAAGGAAUUUUACAACGAACUAUGACUUGGUGAGAUUUUCUGAGACUUUUAGAUGUCACUGGUAAUCCUAAAACCUUUGAAACCCAAGUGAAGAAUUUAACAAAAUGAAAUGAGCUAAUAGAAUAUACAGAUACACUAUGUGUUAAAGUUUCAUAGCAUUGUUCAAAGCAACACAUUAAAGAUUUUUCUAAAAUA